AAAGAAAAAAAAAAGAAAGAAAAAAAAAGUCUUUAAACGCGUCCGCUUUGGAAUUUUUCAGAAUAAAAGAUCGAUUUCUAUGAAUUCAUGUGUAUGUUAAAAGAUUCGCCCUGAAACAAAUCGUUACAUAUGAGUGUAUUACAUAAACACGCGUAAAUAGUGUAAAUACAAAUAUUAACAGUCUAUUACAUUUCUCUUUGAAAGACAUUUAAAAGCCUUUUAUCGGCAAAGUCUUAUUUUGAAGGGACGUUUUCCAGCUCAUCUCUGGAGCUAGCGCGUGUCCUUCAGCAGGGGGCGUGGUUCUGCUCUUCCCUGUAAAGCCGUUGGUCUGUGUAGUCGGAAGUACAGUUUACUUCCACGGUGCCGGUGUCCGUGUGGCUUCGGAUGUAACGACAUACAUGGCCAAGCUUGUGUGAUACAAUGGCGACCAGCAACAAUGCCUCAGUCCAGAAUGAUGCUGGUGGUCACGGGAGAUGAUUUCGGCUACUGUCCCAGGAGGAACCAGGGGAUCGUGGACUGCUUCCGGGCCGGGGGCAUUUCCAACGCAUCACUGUUGGUCAACGCCUCUGCCGCCAAAGAGGCUGCAGAUCUGGCUAAAAGAUACAACAUCCCCAUCGGACUCCAUGCGAACCUGUCGGAGGGGGUUCCGGUCUGUCCCAGCCUGCAGACGUCCUCUACACUGGUCAACCAACAUGGGUUCUUCCACGGCAAGAUGGGCUUUAGACGGGCUCUGGAGAGAGGUCAGCUCAGCAUGGAACAGGUAGAGCUGGAGUUGAGGGCCCAGGUCCAGUUGUUCAGGGAGCUUAUGGGUCACCUGCCACAUCACAUGGAUGGACACCAACAUGUGCAUGUGCUGCCAGAGGUGCGCGUGGUGUUUGCUCAGGUCCUGUCUGAUCUCAGGAUUCCUUACACUCGUGUUCCAGUGGAAGCAGGUUUACACACCUGCCCGUGGCUGCCGGCUCACCUGCACACGUUCUACACACAGGUGGAAAAGGACGCAUUGGAAUCCAUCCCCGUCUUCAGCCGUUAUGGAAUCAGGUGGCCUGAUGUGUACCUCGGACUGACCACCAUGGGUCAGAGCAUGUCCAUCCCCCACCUGCAGAGGGCGCUCAGCCACACCUGGGCUGCUUCAGAUCAGCCCGUGGUCACAGCGGAGCUCAUGGUGCAUCCUGGGUACCCGAGUCACCCACAGGAGGGCGGCUGUGGAGAGGGACCCGACGACUUCUCUCAGUCACUGGAUCGGCAGCAUGAACUGAGCGUGCUCAGUGACCCGGCUUUACUGGCGUUGUACCACCAGGAGAGAAUCCAGCUCUGCUCCUUCAAAGACCUGAGUCCCACUGCACAGACGUAAAACACUGCAACAAACAGAGGCUUGUACUCUUAGCAUUUUCACAAUUCUGUUACAGAUUAUUUAUAUUUUAUCAAUUAAUAGACAAUAAAAACCCAAUACUGUCCACACAUCCUUACAGCUAUGAGACGGAGCUGGGCAAUGCAGCAAAAAGGAUCCGUAUUUUAGUCAGGUUUUUAUCUACAUGAAGUCAAGAUAAAACAUGAUUCAACAGUAGUUGUGUUUAGUCUGUCUGUGCAAUAUCAGCAAACAACAACACUCUUAAGUGUUUUUGUUAGUGUGCAUUAUGUGCUAAAUAGUUUUAAAAAAAUUUAAUGAAAUUUUUGUCAAAAGUAAUAUAUUAUUAUAAAAAAAAAAAAAAACAAUUGUAUUUGAAUGUUUUUCUAACAAAGUCUCCAGAAGUCCAAGUAAUCUGGGCUUUAUGAUUUUUGGCAUUUUCACGUUGAUUCUAAAGCAUAAACUUGAUGAAUCAGAUGAACUGAAAACAGCCCAGCCCCAUACGAGUACACACUGAUGUGUCUUUGUGGUGCAUUCAGGGACAUGUUUUAAAGCCAUAUACAUAUGUCAGUAACAGAACAUGUGUUGGUAGGACUGAUACAGACUUAAAUCCAAAUGUUGUUUUUAACAAAACUACAAUUUGAUGUUUUCAGAUGAAGGAAACGUCCUUGACAGAGGAGCAGAAGCCAUGUUGAACUGUACUCCUUAUGUAAGCCAUACUAACUGCUGCUAUACGCACUAAUCCACAUCAGUGUGUUGCACAAUGACAUUUAGUACAACUUAGUUUUUGAUCAUUUUGUCAUAGUUUUGUCUGGGGUUAUUUUCAUUUAUGAGAACAUUUUAGAAGCUGUGAUCUGUCACUCCUGUCAGUUCAACAGUUCAGAAACAAGCAGUGGUGAAGCAGAGCCAACAAAGCUGUUUUAGGACUGAAACUCUGAAAUCA